UUUAGAGAAUUUGGAUUUUGGAAAAUAAAUAAUAUUUAUUAUAAUUGAAUAUCAAAUUGUGCCAUAUGACUAUUUUAAAUUUACAUUUUAACUUCAUAGUUGCAUAAUUAUUAAUAUCAUAAAUCAUUGUAUUUAAAAAACCAUACAGAAGUAGGAAUCUUCAAUCAUGUCUUCGGAAACUGCACAAGUCAGUUCAUUACCACUGCCACCUAUGCAGUAUAUUAACUUUUAUACAGAUGACAAUGUACGAAGAAACAGAGCCCCACUACCGCCGCGCCCUAUUCAUGAUUCCUAUUCAAUGUUUGGAAACACUUUUAACGCUGAUGACACGAUAAUAAGAUCCCUUGAAAGUCAGGGGUUUCGAAGACUUUAUCCCUUACACUUUGAAAGAAGAAGGGAACUAAAGAAAUUGAAUCAUUCUCUACUUGUUAAUUUUCUUGAUCUCUUAGACCUCCUAGUGCAUUGUCCAGAUUCACCCAAAAGGGCGGAAAAAGUUGAAGACUUAAGCCUUUUGUUUAUACACAUACAUCAUUUACUAAAUGAAUUUCGACCACACCAAGCAAGAGAAACUUUGAGAGUAAUGAUGGAGUUGCAGAAACGCCAGAGAGUUGAAACUGCAAUGAGAUUUCAGAAACACUUGGAUAAAGUGCAGGAUAUUUUACAGAAUGCGCUCCAAAGUUUACCUGAUCAGAAUGAAAUGGAGUCCAACUUUAAAGUUCCCACAGAAAUAUUAGAACAAAUAGAAAGUAUUCAAAGUGACAGUUCCAACCCAGACCCCUGUUACGGACUUGAUUAUAUAAUGUGUAAUGUUGUUGAUAAUAUGCGUUGAGUAAUUGUAUCUACUUAAAGUAAGCUAUUAAUUUACAAAUACUUUUACUUAACUCUAUUUUAAAGUUGCUUAUAUUGCAUUGUAGUUAAGAUCCUUGUAUUAUUUUUACUAAAGAUAAAAAUGAAUCCUAUUUUCAUUGGUCACAGCAUCACGCAUGAACGGCUGACCAAUUUCGAUAUUUUUUGAUGUGUUAGUUAUUGUAAGAAGAAGGAUCUUAUAAAAGAAAAUCUCUAGAAAAUUCCCACGAAAUAUUAAGAAAAUGCGAAAAUAUCAGACUUAUAAAUUUCAUGGGUUUGACAAUUUGUUUGAAGAAAGAAAAAAAUCUGUUGGGUCAGCUAGUUUUUUAAUAAAUUAUUAUUAAUUCAGAUCUUGAUAUUUUGUGCAGACAUAAUAUGUAUUUCUAAAUUAUGUUGUUAUUAAGGAAUGGGAGUUUUAUUGCUUCUUACAUCAUUGAAUUAGUAAGGAUGUUAAGACAUGAAAUAAAAAGAUUUUGUAUUUGAUAAA